AUGGCCUUCAGCCCUGGCGUUUCUCCUGGUUCGGGUUCUGGAGAUGGUCAAGUACAGCAGCAGAUUUUUGAGAAUACACUCUGCGACUACUGCUCUCCUUUCUGCUCGUCGCAGCCUGGGACCGGGAGCGGCCAGCUCCACUACUCCGUCCCCGAGGAGGCCAAACACGGCACCUUCGUGGGCCGCAUCGCGCAGGACCUGGGGCUGGAGCUGGCGGAGCUGGUGCCGCGCCUGUUCCGGGUGGCGUCCAAGGAGCGCGGGGACCUUCUGGAGGUAAAUCUGCAGAAUGGCAUUUUGUUUGUGAAUUCUCGGGUCGACCGGGAGGAGCUGUGUGGGCGGAGCGCGGAGUGCAGCAUCCACCUGGAGGUGAUCGUGGACAGACCGCUGCAGGUUUUCCACGUGGAGGUGGAGGUGAAGGACAUUAAUGAUAACUCUCCCUUGUUCUCUCCCAAAGAACAAAGGCUGCUGGUUUCUGAAUCUAAACAACUAGACUCGCGUUUUCCGCUAGAGGGCGCUUUUGAUGCGGAUAUAGGAGAGAAUGCUGUAUUGACCUACAGACUAAGCCAAAACGAGUAUUUUUCUCUAGAAUCACCAGUAAGUAGUAGGCCAACUAAAAGACUGUCACUUAUAUUAAAGAAAUCUCUAGACAGAGAAAAAACUCCAGAAUUUAAAAUGAUAUUGACGGCUGCAGACGGCGGGAAACCGGAACUCACUGGCACAGUUCAGCUGUUGGUCCGAGUCUUGGAUGUUAACGACAAUGAUCCGGAGUUUGAUAAAUUAGAAUACAAAGUAAGACUGGUGGAAAACGCUGUUAAAGAAACUCUUGUGAUAAAGUUAAAUGCCACAGAUCGAGAUGAAGGCGUAAAUGGGGAGGUAACAUACUCCUUGAAGUCAAUUAAGCCCAAUGGAAGAUCCUUCUUUACAUUAGAUAAAAAUAAUGGAGAACUGAGGGUCAAUGGAACUUUAGAUUAUGAAGAAAACAAGUUUUAUGAAAUUGAAGUGCAGGCCACAGAUAAGGGGACUCCCCCAAUGGCAGGUCACUGUACAGUGUGGGUGGAAAUCUUAGACAUCAACGAUAACUCACCUGAAGUGACUAUAACUUCCUUGUCCCUCCCCGUACGUGAAGACGUUGAACCAAGCACUGUCAUUGCAUUGAUUAGUGUAUCGGACCUCGAUUCUGGUGUCAACGGACAGGUCACCUGCUCGUUGACGUCCAACGUUCCUUUCAAGAUCGUGUCCACCUUUAAAAACUAUUAUUCCCUGGUGCUGGACAGCGCCCUGGACCGGGAGAGCGCCUCUGACUACGAGGUGGUGGUGACAGCCAGGGACGGGGGCUCGCCCUCGCUGUGGGUCACGGCCACCGUGUCCGUGGAGGUGGCCGACGUGAACGACAACGCGCCGGUGUUCGCGCAGGCCGAGUACACGGUGUUCGUGAAGGAGAACAACCCGCCGGGCUCCCCCAUCUUGACGGUGUACGCACGCGACGCGGACGCGCAGGAGAACGCGCGCGUGUCCUACUCGCUGGUGGAGCGGCGGAUCAGCACCACGCGCGCCCUGGACCAGGAGGACGCGCCGCGCCAGCGCCUGUUGGUGCUGGUGAGGGACCACGGGGAGCCCGCGCUGACGGCCACCGCCACUGUGCUGGUGUCCCUGGUGGAGAGCGGGCAGGCGCCUAAGGCCUCAUUGCGGGCAUUAGCAGGGGACUCAGGACCGGAAGUGACGUUAGUGGACGUAAACGUAUACUUAAUCAUCGCGAUUUGCGCGGUGUCCAGCCUGUUGGUGCUCACUCUGCUGCUGUACACGGCGCUGCGUUGCUCAGCGGCGCCCACGGAGAGCGCGUGCGGGCCUGGGAAGCCCACGCUGGUUUGCUCGAGCGCGGUGGGGAGCUGGUCGUACUCGCAGCAGAGGGGACAGAGGGUGUGCUCUGGGGAGGGCCCGCCCAAGACGGACCUCAUGGCCUUCAGCCCCAGCCUUCCUCCUUGUCUGGAUAGAGAUGAGAGGGAAAAGCAGGAGUCAGGAUCAAAUCACCCAGGGCAGGUGGCCUGGAAUACAGGCUGCUCUCACUUCUCCUCACAGCUGGGGAAGCAGGGAGCACCCAGCUCCACUAGUCUGUCCCUGAAACACGGAAUCUUCGUGGCAGUCCUGGGGCUGGUGCUGGCGGAGCUGAUCCCGCGCCUGUUCUGACUGGCAUUCAAAAACUACAGGGACCUUCUGGAGAAUGGCAGUCUGCAGAAUGGCAUUUUCUUGGUGAAUUCUUGGAUGGCUCGCGACGGGAUGUGCGGGCGGAUCGCGGAGUGCAGCAUCCACCUGGAGGUGAUUGUUGGCAGACUGCUGCGUGUUUUCAACGUGGAGGUUGGUAAGGACAUUAAAGACAACCCACCUGUGUAUGGACCAACAGAACAAAGCGCACUUUUUAAUCUGAGCCGGGACACUCACUUUCCUCUAGAGGGCGCAUGCACUUCUGAAGCAGAAGGCAUAAACAUUUCUGAGCUGUUAAGACUAAAUGAGCAUUUUGAGCUUAAAAUAACAACAAAAGAUAAAAGCAUAUUGUCUGUAUUAAUUUUUCAAAAGUCAUUGGAUAGAGAGGAAUCAUCAGAACUUAAUUUAUUGCUGAUGGUCAUCUAUGGUGGUAAAAUAAAGCCAGCAGGAUCUGCUCAGACUCAAAUAACCAUCCUAGAUGUAAAUGACAGCACACCAGAGUGUCAUAAAACUAUUUGCAAAGAUUUGUUUGAAAAUGACUCAAAUGGCACAAAAACAAUUCAACUAUAUGCUUCUGAAUUGAACGGAGGCCUGAAUAGAGAGAUUUCCUAUGGAAUCAGAAGGAUUUUGUCUGUCAGUAUGAAAUGUUAA